CGCCUCACACGACUGCCACGCCUACUGUGUACAAGGCGAACGGAUCUCCCUUCUCCCACCUUGGAACGUGCCGACGGUUGCCAAGCCCGGGCUGCAGUGAUACUGAGAGCAAAUGGACCCCAAGGCAGACAUCAGGCAAGAUGCACCAGCAUAAUAAUAAUCCUCAUUCAGCUCUAGGCAACCCCCCACUUCAGACUCCUAUGCCGCGGUCCUAUUCGCUGAUGUCUAGGUCCCAUUGCAGCAUAGCUGACACACCUGUAAGGCAGAAGGCUGAGUUCCGGUCAGCAGCUGUGGAUUUCUACAUAAGUAUAUCAACCUUCAUUUCCACUUCUUCCUCGUCAUUCAUCUCCACGUCUUCUUCGCUUUCUUGUCUUGCGGCGUGUUUAAUCCGUUUGAAGAGAUUCGUAUAUGACCUCGCAAGUGGACGGCGAGUCCUGGACCAUCAUCCCCUCCAUCGCAAUGGCUUCUACCAUUACUCCAACACAGCCCGAUGCCAAAUCCCCAGCGACGGAAACAAAUGCUGGAACCUCUCCCGACACAAUCGUCGAGACGGAAACUACAGACAAGAGUGAACUUGAAAACACUGCAGAGGAGGAUACUUUCACAGCCAAACCCGACCCUGGAGACUCCAACACCGCAGACCAGCUCGACUACGACGAUGAAUUGGACGGCCCCAUCCGCCAUCGCCGCGUUCCCAUCUAUCCCGGACGUCGUAACUAUUCACCCAAUCGGCCCAAUCCCGUCUUUCUGCGCGCAAGAGAUGAGCCAGAACCGUUCUGCAUCCCUGCCAUCCACUCGUCUGCCAAACUGCUCGCUCAGCUAAAUACCUACGACGGCGUCGUCGACCUUCCCUUCCCAGCCAGGAGCAGCGUCUACCUGACCACUUUCCCCUUCACCCGCCGCGAUGUCAUCAAGUACUCCGGCCUCUUCGCUCACCCCGCCGAAGGAGUUUUCAUCUCGGAGACCAAACACACGCUCACCGAGUUUGACGAGUACCCCGUGUACCCGAACAGGCCUCCCCGAAACCGUGGAGACUACUAUGACCCCAUCCCCUUCGAGGACAACCUCCCACGUAUUUUCCUCUCGCGGGCGCUGGACACAGCCGUUGUUCCAGAGGACAAGGGCGCAAAGUUCUGGAUCGUGGUCCAAAGUCGUCAGAGGCCCAAUGCGCGCAAGCUGCUUGUUAUGGAGAGUAGGAAGGCGGCGGGGAUUGUUAUCUACUAUGAGGCCUUGAAUGGAAAUUCGGUGAUUUUUGUGGGGGCCGUGUUGGGGGAGAGGAAGACUGGAGCGGGGAUCAAGAUGAAGAAGGUGGACAGUUUGGAGGAGGCUGUUAAGGCCCAGGAGGAGGGAGUGGUGGGGAUCAUCUGCUGAGGAGGUUUGGAUUGGCCGGGAAGAGAUGUUUUGAUGUAACGGCCUUGUUUGCGCGCUGUUUUGGCCUGCCAGUGUCGCGAUUGGGUAUAUGGGCAAAUUGCUGCGAUGUGUCACGUCUUUCUUGUAUCUCAAUGCCCAGACAUUAUGACCGUCAUGAAUAUCCUACAAUCGAAAUUGGGUCUGCAACCUACAACACACUCUCCUAUGUUGCCUUGUCCUCGUGAUCCUGCUUCACCCCAAACGUAUCGCC